UAGCUCGUGGGAUUCUGCUCAUUGUGCGACUACGGCGAGAGAAAUUUCCGCUUCCUGCACCGAUAAGCACUUCCAACCAGCACGAAGUUGGCACAGGGAGAGGACACACAGACAGACGCGGGGAUUCUGCCUCCUGCUUUCGGGUUUAAACCCCCCCCCCCCCCGACGACCGCAAUGUUUUCACUGCCAGGCGGCGAAUAGCACCAAACUUUCCGUUGACACCGCAACGCUACGUUACACGGGAGCGUUUUACGCAUUGGCACUACCAGGAGACACAAUACACCAAAGGAAGGACCACAACAGAAGGACAACACACACACGGAGACGCCCGGGUGUUCCUCCUCUCGAGCGGCGACUGAAAGCUUGUUUUCAGCCUCCAGGAUGUCGGAGCGAGGAGGGCUCCCGCGGACUGGGGGCGUCCCUUCGCCGCACAUGCAGCCCUCCAAGCCGGUCAGCAUCACGUCCAACCGACCGGUCCACAUGAACCUGUACGCUACCUGGGAGGUGGACCGCUCCUCACCCAGCUGUGUGCCGAGGCUGUUCAACCUGACUCUGAAGAAGCUGAUCAUGCUGAAGGAGCUGGAUAAAGACCUCACCUCCGUGGUCAUCGCCGUCAAACUGCAGGGCUCCAAGCGGAUCCUGCGCUCCAACGAGAUCCUGCUGUCCUCGGCGGGACUGACGGAGACCGACCUGCAGCUCACCUUCUCCCUGCAGUACCCGCACUUCCUGAAGAGGGACGCCAACAAGCUUCAGAUCAUGCUGCAGCGGCGGAAGCGAUACAAGAACCGGACCAUCCUGGGCUACAAGACCCUCGCCCUGGGACUCAUCAACAUGGCCGAGGUGAUGCAGCACCCGAGCGAGGGGGCCCAGGUCCUCGGGCUCCACAGCCAGCUGAAGGACGCCUCGGUGCCCGUCGCUGAGAUCAGAGUCUACUCUCUGUCCAGCCAGCCCAUCGACCACGAGGGACCCAAAGCAAAGAUGUCUGAUCGCUCUCCAGACAUCGACAACUACUCCGAAGAGGAGGAAGAGAGCUACUCGUCAGAACAGGAAGGCAGCGACGACCCCAUUCACGGACAGUAUCUAUUUGACGAAGAAGAUGAGGUGAGGAAGAAGAAGCCGAGGCGCAAGCUCCCUUCCAAUGCCGCCAUCACCAGACAAUUCGCUUUGUGA